AUAGACAGAAACACCAUACUGCACAAGAACACCAUGGCCUCCCUUGUCUUCCUCGUGGCGCUGCUGCUCUCAUGCAGCUCCAUGAGCAGCGCAGCACGGCACCUAGAGGAGGCCGUGCCCAAGAAGGAGUAUGCACCACAUCCGAUCGUCUCGGAGCUGCCGAAGCCCGAACUCCCGCCGCACCCUGCCGUGCCCGAGCUGCCGAAGCCUGAGCCACCGCACCCUCUCAUGCCCGAAGUGCCACACCCCAUGGUGCCCGAGGUGCCAAAGCAUGAGCUACCGCCGCACCCUGCUGUGCCGGAGCUCCCGAAGCCAGAAGUGCCGCAUCCGGUUGUGCCCGAGGUAGCAAAGGAGCCCGAAGUGCCACAUCCCGUGGUGCCCGAGGUGCCAAAGAAGGAACUACCACCGCACCCUGCUGUGCCCAAGCUCCCGAAGCCUGAAGUGCCGCAUGUGCCGGAGGUGGCUAAGGAGCUUGAAGUGCCACACCCCGUCGUACCAAAGGUGCCAAAGGAGCACGAACUGCCACACCCCGUCGUGCCGGAGGUGCCGAAGGAGCACGAGCUGCCGCACCCUGCCAUACCAGAGCUGCCGAAGCCUGAAAUGCCACACCGUGCCGUGCCAGAGGCGCCGAAGGAGCCCCAUGUGCCACACCCUGAGGUGUUGAAGGAGCCCGAGUUACCUCACCCUAUUGUGCCAGAGGUCCCAAAGCACGAAAUGCCGCCGUUCCCCAAAGCCGAGCUGCCCCCAAAGCCCGAGUUCCAUUUUCCGGAGCCAAAGGCCAAGCCAUGA